UUCAACAGCAGUGUCAAUGUGGCGAAAUCGUUGCGAAGAAGUAUCCGGCCUCGUUACAGAAACAUGCCGCUAUCGCCAACGGGGAGGUAGUUUUCCGUCAACAAACAUAAUUGUUGCUUUGUGACAAAAUGCCUCGCUAUGCCCAGAUUGUGAUGGGCCCAGCUGGCAGCGGAAAGAGCACCUACUGCGCUACAAUGAUCGAACAUUUUGAGGCUUUGAACCGCUCAGUUCAAGUGGUCAAUCUGGACCCUGCAGCUGAGCAUUUUGACUACCCUGUCAUGGCAGACAUCCGUGAACUCAUCCAGGUGGACGACGUGAUGGAGGAUGACUCUCUCAGGUUUGGCCCCAAUGGCGGGCUUGUCUUCUGCAUGGAAUACUUUGCCAACAACUUCGACUGGCUGGAAGAAUGUUUGGGUCACGUCGAGGACGACUACAUCCUGUUUGACUGUCCAGGUCAGAUUGAGCUGUACACUCACCUUCCCGUCAUGAGGCAGCUUGUGGAUCAGCUCCAGCAGUGGGAGUUUCGGGUGUGCGGUGUCUUCCUGGUUGACUCCCAGUUCAUGGUGGAGUCUUUUAAGUUCAUCUCAGGAGUCAUGGCGGCCCUGAGUGCCAUGGUGUCGUUGGAGAUUCCCCAAAUAAACAUCAUGACCAAAAUGGAUCUGCUCAGCGCCAAAGCCAAGAAAGAAAUUGGAAAGUACCUUGAUCCAGAUAUGUACUCCAUGAUGGAGGACAACUCUGGCACCCUGCGAAGCAAAAAGUUCCAGAAGCUGACCAAAGCUAUCUGUGAGCUGAUUGAUGACUACAGCAUGGUGAGAUUUAUGCCUUUUGACCGCACUGACGAGGAAGGCAUCAACAUUGUCCAGCAGCACAUCGACUUCUCGAUACAAUAUGGGGAGGACCUGGAAGUCAAGGAGCCAAAGGAGGCUGACGAGGAGGCAGACAACACAAAUUAUGAUGACUUUUUCCAAGGAAAAGUGGACACUUGAGAAACGUCAUUUGAGGACAUCGCAUGUACAGAUGUAAAUAGCGAAGGCGAAUGAAGAAGUGACUAAUGGGAGUUUUGUCAAUAACUGGUGUUAUAAUAAAUGCGACGUUGCGUUGCUUCAAAUAAGACAGUUGUAAUCGGUGACGUCACUUUGGAUGAGCUGCGGUUCCGAUACCCCUUUCUGGACCCUCUGGAGGCAUGGCAUGCUCAUGGAACAGUGCAAAAAGCAUGUUUACCUGGAAAAUGGGAUUGAAAAAAAUACUUUGAGGUGUGUUUGGGGUUGUUAUCAUAUGGACCGCAGCUCCCCGGAACUGGCAGCACUCAUGCAGCCUCAAACAAUAAUGCUGUUGCAAGCAGGAUACUCUUAUCUUGGUAUCCACUUGUGUUGCUGUGGUGUACAGUGAAUUUGUGCAUAUUUGCAAUUCUGCAUUUGAGGAUUUAUGGUAAAAAAAUAUAUUUAUAUUUACAUUAUUUUUUCUGAAAAAAAAGCAAUUUUUUUUCAGCAGAAAGCACAUUUACUCUAAAGUGGUCAUUUCUACAGGUAAAAUGUAAAGCAAACAUGUGAAAAACAACAACAACAACAACAACAUUAUUGUAUUGCGUAUUGUUAGCCGUCAGCAUUAAGCUCCUUAGAACAUUAACAUGUUUGUCUUUAUGCUUCACUGAUCAUGUGUUUUUCCAAGCGUUAGAUUUUGCACUUUGUAUGGUGUUCCUUGAAUGCACCAUGGUUGCUGUGAGACGCAAAAAUGAAACAUAUACUCCGAUUCCAUCUGGUAAUCGAUCGCUACAUGUAUGACACCUGUAGAAACCAAUCAAAUGUGCGCAGUUUUUAUAAUCUUGCAAAUACUGGGACAGUUCGUGUUCCUGCCGCGCUAAUGUUUCUUGUUUUACAUUAGUCCGUUGUUAAUGUACACUUUUUCCGGCUUACCUGCUCUGUUUGCAGCUGCUGUCGGACAAAACUUGGCAAAAGUCACCAUAAUGUAAAUAUCUGACUUUUAAUGUGGUUUGUUUUUUGUGUGGCAAAGCUGACACGUCAUUGAGUCCUGCAUAUCGAAGACAAAUGAAGAACCCGGAUGUGAUUAAGUGUCUGUUUUGUCCUGC